AUGCGCAGCACUUCGUAUGCGUCAUGGGCUGCGUUCGACGUUGAGAAGGAGCUCGAGCGUGUCGAUGAAACUGAGAAGCGUGAAGCGCAGCAGAGACAGUUGAAGAAACAGCUACAGGCCAAGGAAAACAUCGAGAGCUCCGCCACGCAGGCAGCCCAGCAGUCAGCCGAUAUCUUGGCGGCUCAAGCUGCAGUGGCAGCUUUGAAGCUCAAGAGAAAGACGCGCAAAGGCAGCUGUCAAGAAACAGACAGGGUUGCUGUCGUUGUGGAUGCUGAGGCCGAGAAAGCUGCUGCUGCUGAGUUGCAGAUGCAAGCAAAGCUUUUCGCCCGAAAGCACGAGCUACUGCAACAGAUUUUGACAAAUCGUCGAUUAGGAGACAGGAUACUUGCGGAUGAAAAGCAGGAUUGGAAAGCUGCAAAAAAGGGGUAUCAGACUGCUUUAGCUGCUAUUGCGGAGUUGGAGGCGUUGGCGCCCGCGUUACAAACAGCCGAGACGACAUGGCUUGCAACAUCGAAAAAGCAGGAUUCGGAGGGUCCUGUAUUCAUACAGGAUAAGCGGUGCGGCUACGAACCGGAGCGACGAUGUUGCAACGAGAAGCAAAUGAGCAGUCCCAAGAAGAACACAAACGGUUCGUUGCUGAAAGCAGACGAUCCGCUGGACAUUAUCAAGACGUUUUACAACGAUAUUUACGUGGGAAUCGGUACCUGCGAAUUUGGAGAAAAUCGACUGGCUGCAGCCACUGAGGCGUUCAAGGAAGUUUUGCUUCGAGAUGAUGGGCAGUUGAGUGCGUGGCUCAAGCGAGGCGAAGCAUUUGAAGAAAUGGACGCUCCACUGUUGGCGAUGCUGCAUUACAACCGAAUUGCAAACACGGAUACAAAGCAUGGCAAAGCAAAAGAGGCUUUGGAACGCGUCAAGACGAAGCUGCUUGCUGAAGGCGAUGCGUCCGCUGACAAGAACAAGGUCGAGGAGGCGAUAUCUGCAUGCACAGAAGGACGGACACUGAAAGAAGCACUUGAGCAGAUUCAAUCGGCGUUUGAAGCGGCCAACGUGUUAGCUGUCGAAGGGUUCUACGGCUAUUCGACGAAAAAGUUUCAGAUUGUGUUGGGAUGCCUGAAAGCGGUGCGAGCACGGCCGGACGUAGGCUCCGCAAACGACGAUGUAGUUUUAUCUGUUCUUCGAGAGCUCGAGAUUUCGUGUCACUUGAAUAUCGCGUGUGGCUGCCUGGAGAUACAGCGAAAUUACGUGCAGGGACUUACUCACUGUGAUGAAGCUCUUCGAUUGAAUGGCAAAUAUGUUGUCACAUAUAUACGCAAGGGCCAGCUGUACCACGCACUACACAACUAUACGGAAGCUCUCAGAUGUUUUAGAACGGCAAAAGGUCUAGUAGUCUCCGCGGUGGAACCGAGGCAGGCGGACGAGCGAGAUGAGAUGAUGCUCAGGACGAUUGAUAAAGCGACAGACAAGUGCGAGUUCGACCGCAAUCAAUACGACAUGGAGUACCUGCGGACUCUGGCAGCCAAGUCGUUGAAAUCCAACGGACUCGAAGUGUAA